GCCACGGUCACGACUUUGCACAGUCAGUACAAAGUUCAGCAUCACUGGGCGACAAACGACGACACCUGCCUGAUAUGGACAUGCACUGACGUCCAUAGUCGCGAGCGGCGGGAGUGGCGACCGACAGGCCUUUGUCCUUGCCGCGCUUCUCUCUCUCUCCCAACCACCCACCCGCUCCUUUCCCCCGUAUCAUGCUCGCCAUUGCUCGGCAAUGCCACGCGUAGCCCAGCAAGACGAUGUAGACAUCAUCGAGCUCGACUCCUCGCCCGAUCUGCGCCCUCAGACUCGCGCCACCACCUCCAGGCAGGUCAACCGCACGGGCAAGGGCAAGAAACGCGCGCGGCCCAUCCCCGCGACAGACAUCAUCGAGCUCUCGGACUCCGACUUGGACGGAGAUGCUGUAUCGCUUCCGAGGUCGCGAGGGCGGCGUCCCCAGCCUCCUCCAGCACCGGCCGGGCCAGUGGCCGGUCCAUCAAGGGUCGCGCAGAUGCCGUUGUUCCUCCCGGACCUCGAUGAUGCGGUGGAGGUCGAUAGGCCGAAGUCUCCAUCCGCGAAGAGCACGAACUCUGGUGUGUCUAGUGAUAUGCGCCGCGGUAUGGCCCGGCUACACCUCGACCAGGCCCCGCCGCCCGUAGUUGCACCUGCACAGCCUGUGGCACGACCGCCCGAACCACCAGCCGCACCCGUCAUUGUCGGCCCGAACGCGAUGGGGGUCGACUUGACGGUCGACGACGGCCCUGCCCGUUUGGACGCCUACGUCGCGCAGGUACUCGAAAUUGUGCCGGACGUGCUCCCGGAGCAUGUGCGCAUGCUGGUUGAGCAGAACGAGCCCACGUACGAGGGCCAGGUCGUCGAACGGAUCCUGCACAGUCUUUUCGAGCUCCCCAAUUAUCCGAAGGCCGACCCGCAGGGCAAAGGCAAGCGCAAGAGGGAGGAUGAUGACCAGGGGCGUGAAGCGAAGAACGUCAAGGUCGACUAUGCGAGUAAAAACAGGCAGCCCCCUGGUCCGAUGUACGCGAUACAAGCUUUGGAACGAUUGUACACAGACUUCCCUACUAUCCCGGUGGCCCAUGUGCGCGCGACAUUCCACUCUCACAACUCGCUAUAUGCGCCGACGUACCUCCGUCUCCACGACGAAGUGAACAGCCCGAACCCGCCUUUCAGGCUCAAGUCUUCUGCUGUGAAGCGUCAGCCGAAGGGCAAGAUGAAGCCCCAGGAGGAGCUCGAGGAAGAGGUGGCGUUCAUAAAGAACAAGUUCGCGGCUGAUCCGAGCAGCGCGGCAGCGCCAGAAGCGACCUCGUCCGCUGCCGCCGCCUCUGUCGAAGUGGACCCUGAAGACGGCGGCAUCGAGUGCGGGUGCUGUUUCUCGAGCUAUGCCUUCGACACGAUGAUCCAGUGCCCCGACGCGCACCUCUUCUGCAAGGACUGCAUGUCCUCGUACGCGGAGGGCCUCCUCGGGGCGCACGACGCGAACAUCGUGUGCAUGGACCAGACGGGGUGCAAGCUGCUGUUCCCCGCGUCGGAGCUCCGCCGCUUCCUCACGCCGAAGCUCCUCGCGCUGUACGAGCGCGUGAAGCAGCGCAAGGAAAUCGAGGCGGCGGGCCUCGAGGGCCUCGAGGAGUGCCCGCAUUGUGACUACAAGGUCGUGAUCGAGAAUGAGCAGGAGAGGCUGUUCAGGUGCCAGAAUGAGGAGUGUAUGGCGGUUACGUGCCGGCAGUGCAAGAAGCCCGAUCAUCUCCCGAAGAGUUGCAAAGAGGUCGAAGACGACAAGAAGCUUGAUGGCCGCCAUGCGAUCGAAGAGGCCAUGACCAAAGCACUCAUGAGAAACUGCCCGAAGUGUCAGAAAGCGUUCAUCAAGGAGCAUGGUUGCAACAAGAUGAUCUGCCCCAAUUGCCGCACGAUGUCCUGCUACGUCUGUCGCAAGGUCAUCCUAGGCUAUGAGCACUUCAACAAUCCUCCUCCCUAUAAUGGCCGCAAAGAUCCCAACAAGUGCGAGCUUUGGGAUUCCGUCGAGAAACGCCACAGCGACGAAGUAUAUGAAAACAGCCGUCUGCACCAUGUUCUCCGCUCAUGAUAUGCUCUCGCAGGUCACGGCAGCCGCCAAGAAAGCGACGGAGGAAUACAAACGCGCUCAUCCCGAGGUCACCGAAGAGGACCUCAAAGUCGACCUCCCACCUGCGCCCGUCGCCGGGCCCUCCAAUGCUCCAGUCCCCGGCAUGCUUCCACGUGCCGUCCCGCCGCCCCUGCCCUUCGUGUUCUUCGGAAACCAGCCGAUCGACCCCGGCCCAGCGUUCUUCAUGCCGCCGCCGCCCCCUGCGCCCCCGCACUUCGGCCAGGCCGGAGUCGACGUCGGCGGAUUCGUUGGGCUUCCACACGAGAUCGCGCGCCAACGACUGAUGGAGCAGGAGCGUCUGCUGGUGGAGGUACGGGCGGCGGAGAGGCAGGCUGCGCUGGAGGUGCGGCGGCGGCGGGUGGCGGCGGCGCGGGCUGUGGUG